AUGAAGCUCCGCAAUCUUCCAAGUGAGAUAGAAGAGGAGAUACUCUCUAGGGUUCCGAUCAAAUCGUUGAGACUCUUACGAUCCACUGGCAACCGUUGGUACCAUCACCCUCUGUUCAAAGAUCCGAGAUUCAUCAAAAGGUACUCCGAUAGAACUCCGAGGAAGUAUCACAAGGAAAUCGUGUUGAGUGAGUUUAGGAUUCGGUCUCUGAGCUCAUACGUCGAUCGUCGCCGUAUAAACCCUUGUCGGUUUCUUCUCAUCGAUCCCGUCAGUAACGAAAAGGUCGACAUAGCUCACGCUUUUCACUGCGAUGGCGUUUUGUUAUGCACCAACACCGAGGACAAGCGGUUUGUGGCUUGGAAGCCUUUCUCGGGGCAAACCAGAUGGAUCCAGCCGAGGGAGAAUGGCAUCAUGAGCAGCUUCGCUCUUGGUUACGAUAACAAGGAGUUGUGCCGUAGCUACAAGAUCUUGAGGUCUCUGGAGGAUCAAACGAUGGAGAUUUACGAGUUUAAGUCUGACUCAUGGAGGAAUCUUGAUGACGUCUCUCCCGGUGGAAGCUUUGAGUCUCUCGGCGUGUCUUUGAAAGGGAAUGCUUACUGGAUCUCGAGAAGAGGAGGAGAAAGAGUACUCGCUGCUCGAGUUUGA